AUUUAAUCCUAUUUUUCAAACACAGAAACAAUGCAAGGGCAGCAUGUCCACAUUCUGGAAUUGCAGUUGCCACAGCAAAACAUGAAGUUAAAAAAUGCUGCUUGAAUUCAUGAUCACAGUUCGGUCAUUAUUUCUUUUUGGCUUUCCAAGAUAAACCACCACGCAUCAGAAUGCAUAUUUUUAUCAUGAUUCUUCACUUCUUGCUUCUCUUGCAUCUUCUCAUCCCUGCUGACAUGGAGGAGGAAGAUAAAGUGGCCCUUGAGGUCAUCACUGAUAGCUCCUCCUGCAGCACAACCUGUGGACUGGGGGUCAAAACACAAACUCUGUGUUUGUUAAAGGACAGUGAGAAAGCGAUAGAAGUGAAUAUAAAUAAAGAUGGAAGAAAGGACAUCAGCCAGUCAGAUGUGUCAAAGAAGUGCAGGGUCCAAAAAGUAAAGUGUUUGGACUCGUGGCAGUGUGGACUGAGGACAAUCACUGUGACCUCCGGACAGAGAGUGGAGAUUGACUGUUUGGGAGAGGUCAUGGAGACAAUGGGAAAGUUCUCCUGGAGGGUUUCAUGGCGCGUUGCUCGAGGAAUAAUUAGCUCAGAUGAUUCUCUGUUUACUCGUUGGGAGGCCCCUCAUUUGGAUCGAGUGGUUCUGGACCCUGUCAGAGAGGAGGAUGCAGGUACAUAUCGUUGUAACGUGCAGGACACCAGCUAUCGGAGAUUGAAGAGGGCUUAUUGGGGCAUCCGAGUUUUACCCUCUGAGGUUGUCAAUCUGGACUACCAAAGCUCUCUAACCCAGUGGGAAAUGCCUGAAAGCCAGCAAAACCUGGGUGUGCUACACCUGACCACUGGGCGAGUUCUUCUUCAUGCAGAACAGCAGUUCUGAGUGACAGGAGAUAGUGAUUAUAUCUGUCUGUCUCAUAGUCCAGUGAUAGUAGUAUGAAUUACAGACCAUCAGCGUGGAUAUGACUUCAGCAAUGGAUUUCAUAGCAUCAUUGUCCCAUCAUGUGGCUGAGAGUACAGCCAAACCCAGAGGGUAGUCAAGGAAAAAGCUGUCAGCAGGGACAGAAGGCAGGAUGGCAGAUAUGAUAGAUGGUGUCAACCAACCAGAGCAACAGCCUACAUUUGGACACACUAGAUGCUCUUUUGCUAGCAGCAUUACAAACAGCAUUGUGCAAAGGUAGUAAGUGCUUUCAUCCUGGCAAGCCUCUGGAUUGGACUGGUGUGCCUCUACAGGAGAUUAUGCUGGGGAGGGAGAGACAAAUAAAAUAAAAGACACAUAAAAACAA